AUGGACAGCAGCAUCGGUCCAGGGAACACCAGCGACUGCUCUGACCCCUUAGCUCAGGCAAGUUGCUCCCCAGCACCUGGCUCCUGGCUCAACUUGUCCCGUGUAGAUGGCAACCAGUCCGACCCAUGCGGUCUGAACCGCACAGGGCUUGGUGGGAGCGACAGACCAUGCCCUCAAACCGGCAGCCCUUCCAUGGUCACAGCCAUCACCAUCAUGGCUCUCUAUUCUAUCGUGUGCGUAGUGGGCCUCUUCGGAAACUUCCUGGUCAUGUAUGUGAUUGUAAGAUACACCAAAAUGAAGACUGCCACCAACAUCUACAUUUUCAACCUUGCUCUGGCAGAUGCCUUAGCAACCAGUACCCUGCCCUUCCAGAGUGUCAACUACCUGAUGGGAACGUGGCCCUUCGGAACCAUCCUCUGCAAGAUCGUGAUUUCCAUAGAUUACUACAACAUGUUCACCAGCAUAUUCACCCUCUGCACCAUGAGUGUGGACCGCUAUAUCGCUGUCUGCCACCCGGUCAAAGCCCUGGAUUUCCGUACCCCACGAAAUGCCAAAAUUGUCAAUGUCUGCAACUGGAUCCUCUCUUCUGCCAUUGGUCUGCCUGUAAUGUUCAUGGCAACCACAAAAUACAGGCAUGGGUCCAUAGAUUGCACCCUGACAUUCUCCCAUCCAACGUGGUAUUGGGAGAACCUGCUCAAAAUCUGUGUCUUCAUCUUUGCCUUCAUCAUGCCGGUCCUCAUCAUCACCGUGUGUUAUGGACUGAUGAUCUUACGACUCAAGAGCGUCCGCAUGCUGUCGGGCUCCAAGGAAAAGGACAGGAACCUGCGCAGGAUCACCCGGAUGGUGUUGGUGGUCGUGGCUGUAUUUAUUGUCUGCUGGACCCCCAUUCACAUCUACGUCAUCAUCAAAGCACUGAUCACGAUCCCAGAAACCACUUUCCAGACUGUUUCCUGGCACUUCUGCAUUGCCUUGGGUUACACAAACAGUUGCCUGAACCCAGUCCUUUAUGCGUUCCUGGAUGAAAACUUCAAACGAUGCUUCAGAGAGUUCUGCAUACCAACUCCCUCCACGAUCGAACAGCAAAACUCCACUCGAAUCCGUCCAAACACUAGGGAACACCCCUCCACGGCUAAUACAGUGGAUCGAACUAACCACCAGGUAUGUGCUUUCUAG